AUGUAUUUUCUUUGCAGUCACUCAUGGAAGUUUGAAAAUCCGAACCUCGGCAAGUAUAUCUACCUCGCUAUCUAUUGGAUUGCCAUGAGCAGCAGUGCCUACAACCCGAUCAUCUACUGCUUUGCGAACGAAAGAUUUCGGAUUGGUUUUCGUUACGUGUUCCGCUGGAUGCCAAUGAUACACUGCUCACGAGAAAAGUACGAGUACUCGCAGCUGUUUCCUGAAAGACUGCGCAGCAUGGCAAUCAGUCUUCAAGCGAACAAUACCUCUCGCGACAAGGACUCGAGGCGACUACAUAAGAGUUACAACAGCGCUGGUUUCCUUGAGAGGCUUGAUGCCACAGCCAAUUGUGUACGCGGAAUACGUGACAAAGGAUUUGUGUAG